AUGGCUCACCUUCCCAACCUGUUCAGCAAGAGUAGCACCCAGCUGGGGGAGCAGAGCUGCACAGGCGAGGGCGAAGACAACACCAAGCUCCUCGGGUUGCCCAAUAUUGGCAAUACCUGCUUCAUGAACUCUGCUCUGCAGUGCCUGCUGGGGCUGCCAGCAUUUUGCAGAGACAUCCUGAGACAGCAGAACAUCUGGAGUUCCUCCCCCUACUCUCAACUGCUAUGCUGCUUUGCCGAGUUACAUCAGGCCAGGCUUUCUGGAGGCACUGUUCAUGCUAAGAACAAGGAAAAUAAGAAAAUCCUUCAAACAGUCAAGCACUGUCUUUCCGUUGUCAAUGAGGACUAUGAGGAAGACUAUGAACAGGAUGCCCAUGAAUGUGUGUUGCUCCUCCUCUUUCAGCUGAAGGAGGAGGGUAUGGCAUUAAAGGGCUCACCAGAGCCAUACACCUGCCCCGUGAAGCAGUUAGAAUUCAAGCUGAAGACUUCCCGUACCUGCACCAGGUAACAGCUGUCAUUUCUAU